GUUCCCGGUUCGUUUGCGGCGCGCAUGCGCGCGCGUGUUUCCUUCCGCGCGGCGCCUCGCAGCUGAGGGCGACAGAGCCGCGCUCGGCGGCCGCAGCAGCCCGCGCGGAGCCACCCCCCUCGGCCCGGCUUCGCUCGGCGGGAUGUUCAAGAACACGUUCCAGAGCGGCUUCCUGUCCGUCCUCUACAGCAUCGGGAGCAAGCCGCUGCAGAUCUGGGACAAGAAGGUGCGGAAUGGCCACAUCAAAAGAAUCACGGACAAUGAUAUCCAGUCACUGGUGCUGGAGAUCGAAGGAACAAAUGUCAGUACCACAUAUAUCACGUGUCCUGCUGACCCAAAGAAGACGCUGGGAAUAAAAUUGCCCUUUCUGGUGAUGAUAAUCAAGAACCUGAAAAAAUACUUCACCUUUGAAGUACAGGUGCUAGAUGAUAAAAAUGUCCGCCGGCGGUUUCGUGCCAGCAACUACCAGAGCACAACCCGUGUUAAGCCCUUCAUCUGCACCAUGCCCAUGCGCCUGGAUGAUGGCUGGAACCAGAUUCAGUUCAAUCUCUCCGAUUUCACUCGCCGAGCAUACGGCACCAACUAUAUUGAGACCCUGAGAGUCCAGAUCCAUGCAAACUGUCGCAUCCGCAGAAUUUACUUCUCAGACAGGCUGUACUCGGAGGAUGAGCUUCCUGCUGAGUUCAAGUUGUACAUCCCGGUCCAAAACAAGGCCAAGCAAUGAUGAUACUUUCCGGGAAACUAUCGGAGAGAUGCAGUCUGAAGACGGGUGGAUUUUUUUUUUUAAUUAUACAAUAUUUAGGUGUUGAUUUGCAUAGAAUAACUGUUUAUUUAAUAAAGCUGGUAUUCCUAACUCUGGGCCAGGACACUGCUAACCAUGUCAUUGUCCGAUGUGAGGAACAACCCCGAUCAGGUCAGCCCCUGUGGAUCUGCGGGAUCUGAUCUUUAGUCGGACACACACACAAACCCCUUGUUCCUUGUCUGGACGCCAGUGGCUUCCUCUUUAUUUUUAUUUUGGUUUUUUUGCUCUUCAUGUGUUGUUUUUAUCUGCUAUAAAAUGUGUGUGGCCUGCUCCCCCUCCCAACCUGAAGCAAUUAUUAAAUAUUUGAUUCUCUUUGUAA